AUGAAACGAAAGAGAGGCAAACACGACACCUCCGGGACUGUCAAACGGACCAAAGUCAGCAGUGAUAGCACCAACCGCAAAUCUCAACCUACUCCUACCAUCCUCCGGCUAUACUAUCCUCAAGUCUUGACGUUACGAGAAUAUCUUCUACAAGCCAAGACAUCUAAAAACAAGAGACGAUUGAUUGCGAAUUAUGGGUAUGAUACGGUGAAAAGUUCGCAAGAAACGGAUUCUGAGCUAGUCAAAAUUCUUGAUACUGUUCUCGUUGGCUGCCACGAUGUAAAGAAAGAAGAGCAUGAUACCGCCGACUACCAGAAUGACCUCAGCAUAUUCUCAACGCAAGCGUCCGGCUCUACAGCCAGGUCUAGCGGUUCACAAACACACCUUUCCUUUGCAGAGGUUGUGGAGUUUGUUGUCUGGCGGCUCUUCCGUCAACACACUUCUGGCCAUCGUCCACCUCAUGUCCUCUGUCAUGGAUACUACCAUGACGGUCUUGGAGAUGUACGGACCUUAGUGAAAGCGAACAUAGAAGACGACUGUCAUGCUGCCUCACUAGACCGGAACGAACAUGUCGACAGAUUGAAGGGGCAUGCUUGGGCCGGCUUGACGAAACUGGUUGGUGGCAAUGGUGUUGUCACACUGAUCCAGCUUUUGCAGAACUGUGGCAUGUUCAUGCCUCUUGAAGGUGGAAGAGACAACUUCGUGCAGAUCAGUGGUGUGGACCUUUCUGAGCUGCAGACUCUUGACAAGAAUCACCCUACGGGUGGUCGAAAGCCAGAUGGUGGUGCAGCUUUGGCGAUCUCUGAUGCCAUAAAGACCGACAGUCGACCCAGACACGAAAUUAACACUCUCAAUACGAUCCGCUUUGUGCGGCACCGUAUCCUGUACAGAAAGCCUGACUUGAAUGCGCACGGAGAAGCAUAUUUUGGUCUCCCACGCAUCCAUGUAUUGAACCGGGCAGGAAACGACGAGGAAGUAGACCAGAGUGCUCACCUCCUGAAGUACAUCUUCCCACGGCAGUUUGGACUUCACAACGUUUUCACUUAUGCAAUCGACAUGAAAAACUCGGCCCAACCCUUCAAGGACUAUACCCUCCGCGAGCAGGAGAUAAAAUCGAUCUACCUCCAACAUCACCUGGCUCAGACCACCAAACCAGCCAACAGGUAG